AUGACUGAACUUCACCGUACUUUGCCUGCCUCCUGGUAUCGUAGUCAAGGCCUUUAUCAGCUUGAACGGAGAGCCUCAUGGUAUCUCUUAGGCCCCAUUACGCGAUUUCGGGAGGUGGGUGCAAAAGUAGAAUACGAGAUUGCUCAGCGCCCAUUAGUCGCCUUUCGAUGCUCCGGAGAUGAUCCCUCCCCUGGCCCCGAGGAGAUUCAGGUACAAUGUGCGGAAACUAAACGAUUUCUGAGACACCAUGUCACCCCAACCGGUCUGGUUUUCGCAGCCUUGGGGGACGAAGCCCCGGACUUCUACGAAUAUUUCCCAGACUUGGAACCGUUGCUCGAGAAAGUGAAUUUUACCAAGCUUCCGUACCGACACAGCAUCAAAUAUGAAGGCCGAUUCAACUGGAAGACUAUGGUGGACGGCUACCAGGAGUGCCUGCAUUGCCAAUACACACACCCGUCCUUUUCCGUCUUUUAUCCCUUAACCUCGUACGCGGUCCACAAUCACCAGAAUUUCUCGCAGCAUAUGACCGACCCCGAGAAGCCGGAUGAUGGUCUCUUCCUGUAUUUCUUCCCGAAUUGCACCCUGAAUGUGUAUGGCGGGGGCAUGUCGUCCUUCCGCGUUUGUCCGACAAGUGAUCCAAAUGUGACGAGGAUGGAAUUUGACUACUACCAUAUGGAGUCGGGUGAGAAAUUCACGCAGUACUACAAGUUUGUUCGGCAGGUGGCCAUGGAAGAUUACGAGCUGUGUGAGAAGGCUCAGGAUAACCUGGUUAGAGGCAUCUACAGCGAAGGUAUUCUGAACCCGGAUAAGGAAAAUGGUGUAUCCUUUUACCAGGGCCGCGUGUUCGAGCUUGUUUGUGAACAGUAUGCUACCGAUCAAGGAUGCAGGCAGAGAGAGAAGGAGCUAUUACUUGCGAGAAAGGACAUAAGACAACUAUGA